CGAAUUUUAGCAACACAUAGUUCGAUUUCAAAAAAUCGCUAUUUUGGAGCUAAGAUUCGAUUAAUAUCGAAGCUUCGAAUAUCGAACUUACCCAUACCUAUUUUGUUAAUGCCGAGAAGUAAUUCGGUCUGCGCUUUUGCUAAUUAGUGAAUAUGGGUAGCAUGGAAAGGGCUUGCAUUUCAGGAUUUCUUUGUCGUCUCUGUUCCGAAAUGCAUAGAAUUGUAAUACAUAUAUAUGGUGAUCAGGGCAGGAAGUUGUGUUUAGUGGAGAAAAUCAACGGGUAUUUGCCAAUCACUAUUUCACCUACGGAUCCUUUACCUAAAACCAUUUGCGAAACGUGUUUAAGGAGAGUGGAGCAGCAUUACGAUUUGUUAAUGCGUUUAACACGUAUAAAGCAAGGAAAUUUUCUCCGGAUUAAUCAGACCCAAAAGGCGUUGUGUAACAUUGGCGAUGUCUCAAGUACAGAUGUUUCUGAAGAUGAAAUGUGUGAAACUAAUGCAUCCCGACCAGAACAAUCAUCAGGAUCAGAUUCUAAUACGAUGCCUAAUGGACUACAAGAAUCUACAUCCGUAUCAUCUCAAGUGCCAUUGCCUGAUAUCCCACAAGUCCUGACUGAAAUAAUAGAGGAGGACAAGACUACGCCAUGAUUUCGUAAACGUAGUAUGAAUGUGUAUAAACAAGCUAAGUAUUUGUAUGUAGUUCUGAAUAUGCUCUUGGUGGAAUUAUUACAAUAUGAUGUAUGACGACACCAUUUUCGAACCGUCAGUCACACGCGUACGAGUAAAUUAUAUUUUAUCAGAAAAAUUAAGUAGAUUUAGAACAAACUAAUGAAAUACAAGCAAAACAAUUGUCUACUUAA